AUGGUCAAAUUUGGAAAAGAGAACAUAAAAAAAGGUGACAAGAACAUAGAUGAUGUUGGUGAAAGAUAUGUGUUCCUCACGAGUAGGCUUCAUCGAUUUUGCCAAACUCUCAGUUGUUCCAAUGUCAAUAUCACCAGCACGUCCACAGGAUGCAUCAAUGCCACUACCGAGGCUGAAGGUGUUAUCAUGGUUUCUGAAUCAUCCAUGGUUGACAUGUUGAAACUGAUGUUGAUUAACGACAAAUCGAAGUCUCGCAAGGACUUGUAUACGUAUUUCGACAUUUCGGUGGCGGUUGCAAAAGACAAGGGUGAUAAGCUACCUGCCACUAUAGAGGCGAGUUAUGGCAAGUUUUUAUUGCCUUAUUGGGAAACCUUCCAGGAGACCAUUAAGGGCAAGGAAACCAACGUGGUGGUAGUAACAUAUCAAUACAGUCCUUACAUAUUUGCCAACAACACUGACUCCAUCAACACCGGCAUUAUCAAGAUGGCCAUCGUUGACAAGAAGGGUGAAAAUGUUACCUUGCCUGAUCCGGAGGACCCUGUGGGUCUCCGCGCGGAAGCAAAAGACGCCCUCAAUACAAAUAUUAAGUGGAUAGAAAUGGAACCUUCUAAAACUACGAAUGGCGCUUUUAAUGCUAUCAUAGCUUUUAACUACAGCAUUGUGGGGUUUACCAUCGACAUCGAGCUGAAGAGUACGAAGAUAUGCGUCACACUGGGAAAGUUUGGAAAAGAAGUUUUCCCUACUGAAGAUGACUUCGAUAUUAGAGUAGAAACUAAAGGCUUCAGCAAGAUUAUAAUGAAACGGCCAGAUGAUCUCAUUUUAACCUUCGAUGAUCAGACACUACAAAUUGCCCACACUUACAAAGAAGAAGGGGAGGCCUUAGUAAAACCAAUUCUCAUGAUGGUCAAGUGUGAAGAUGGCAGUCUCACUCGUAGGAGACGCUCAGCUAACCCUGCCGCAUCAACGCUGGCACCUGCAGGACUUGUCGAUCCCCACAGAUACCGUAUUGUAGAAGUAGACUUAAGGAGAUUUGAUCCCGGAACAGCCUUAUGGGCGGUCAGUGAGGACAUAAAGCUUUCUUCCGGAACCGGGACUAAUAUUGCCUACGAGAGCAACUUCUUUGGAACAUUUUCGGCCAACAUCAUGUUUGUUGCCCCAGACACUAUUGACUUUUCUGCAAUCUUCCUUAACUUCGAGGAGAGGCUGAGGGAGACUCCACAUGCAUUGGCUUGUAUAUGUGGUAUUUGGAUAAUAGUCGUCCUUAUCGCCAUCCCUCUACGCCGCCUGGACAAAGGGGACGCUGUUCUGUGGAGUUACCUGCCCUUAGAAGAUAACAUGCCCGGUGCGCAACAUACAUAUUUCUUAGCAGUAUCAACCGCCAUGCGAUCUUCAAAAUACCUGUCUUCCACAGUAUAUCUGAAGGUAGUUGGGGAUAAAGGAGAAACGGGUAUCCGCAAACUAACAGAUGGAAUACGAAAGAAUUUUGGAAGAGGGACAACGUCCCAUUUUUUGAUGAAGACAACUACCCAGCUCGGCCAUCUGAAGAACCUAGUAGUGUGGCAUGAUAAUGAGGGACCCUCCCCUGCUUGGUUACUCAGUAAAAUCGUGAUCGGUGACAUCAAAAAUAAGAGAAGGUAUGCAUUCGCCUGUGGAAAAUGGCUUUCACUCGUUGCCGACGACGGAAGAUCAUGGAAGAAAAUGGACGCUCUGAACGAACAGUUGAUGGACAGUCAGAUGCUCCUCAAUGAAACAAGCAAACGAAACAUGUUUGAUGAACACUUGUGGUUUUCUCUGUCCAAACGUCCGAAUUACAGUCGAUUCACCCGUGUUCAAAGACUCUGGUCCAUCACUGCCCUUUUGUUUCUUUCCAUGGUUGCAUCGGCCAUAUUUUACAAUACCCCGAAUGAAGGAGGACGAGUCAUAACUCUUGGACCACUUAAAUUCAGCUACAAACAGUUCUAUGUUGGUUUCGUGUCUGCCGCCAUUGCAGUUAUACCGAGUAUGGUCAUUGUUAACAUCUUCAAACACAGACGACUUAAGGGCGAGCAUAUAAUCACAGAAGAACCGCCGAAGAAAAAGUCAUGCUGCUGCGGUUGCUGUGUAAGGUGUUGCUCAGGCCCUCUUUCUCUACCCUGGUGGACUAUAUUCAUCGGUUAUUCGCUGAUACUUGGAUGUUUAGGAUCUGGUGGGUAUUUCACCUUCAUGUAUUCUUUAGACUGGGGCAAAGAUCUUACUGUAGAGUGGCUGUUGGCUUUCUUCCUGGGGACUGUACAGAGUGUCUUCGUGCUUGAACCAUUCAAGGCGGUUGCUCUUGCCGUGAUAUUAGCGUGCUGCUGCUCACGAAAUGCACAACAGACGCUAGCAGAUCUGCCGUUUCCUUCUGCGAAAAACAUGGAAGAAGCUGAUGACUUGGAGAACCUUGAGAGAUGUUACGUUGGGGUGGACCCCACAGUCAUUUGUCCAGCUGAUACCGCUGACGAUUCGUCCGUUGAAACCAAGCGACUUAAGCGACGUUUACAGUUAGACAAGAAGUUAUACACAUUGUUUAAAAACUGGAUUGUACAGUUUCUUUAUGUCUUAUUAGUUGCCACCAUCUGCUCACAAAACGUCGUUGAAGAUGCGUAUUACCAAAACACACAUCUAAAAUCAUCGUUAUCCUGGAAGAUGCUGAAUACUACAAACGACAUAUGGGAUUGGAUUGAAAACAAGUUUAUUAUAAAGACAUUUCCAAAGCUGUACCUGAAUAAUGAAGUGCGUUUUUCGUACAUCUUACGAUUCAUUGACGAUACGCAACAUUUCCGGUUGGGAUUAGCAAGGAUACGUCAAGUUCGUGUCACCCAAAAGAGUGAACCUUUCGUGUUACCCUGGUUUGACACCCAGUCAUGUUUUAUACCUGGUGUCAUGAAAAGCUCCGUUACCAGAUGUCCUAUCAGCUAUGAUGCUGACACGGAAGCUAAAGAAGACUACUGUAAAGGAUGGGUUCCAAACAAUGUGACGUGUUUUGACGAAAAUGAGGAGAUAGACUACGCCUUUCUUUAUAAAGAUGCAACUGAAACAGAAGCCUUGCCUUAUCAAGGGGUUUUUGGGACAUAUGGUGGAGGAGGUUACGUAUUGGACAUAGGACCAAAGCGGUCCAGUGCUGCGUUGUACAUGCAGACACUAAGAAACAAUUCAUGGAUUGACCUGUAUACAAGAGCGAUAUUUGUGGAAUUGAUGCUUUAUAACCCUGAUUCAAAGCUUUUCUCACACGUCAAAGUUAUCUUCGAAUUAUCAAGUUUCGGAAAAUUAAGUAUGGCCUUUAAGAUCACAACAGCAAAUCUGUAUCCUUUCCAACAACCAUUUGAUUAUAUAGUACUCGCCUUACAAGUUCUAUUCAUACUUAUCAUCUUCGUCAAGUUUGUUUUGAUAAUUGUUAGAAUAGUAAGAAGCAGAUGUGGAUUUUUUAUAACCAUCGAUGGAUGGAUUCGUGUGCUAGAAGUUGGAUUCGGGAUCUGUGCCAUAGUAUUCUUCUUCGUACGAGUUGAUGAAACAAUUACAGCGAUUGAAAAGAUAUUCAAGAAUCUAGGGUCAUUCGUGUCAUUCGAGACAGUGAACGUGACGGACGAAUGGUACAAAGCAUGCAUCAGUGCCGUCUGUUUCAUAGCAACACUUGAUCUUUUGGAGCCUUUGUCUUUUAAUUACUACAUGCACUUAAUGAGGACAACUAUAAUUAUUUCCAAACAUAAACUGGCUGGAUUUCUUUUUAUAGUUUGCAUCCUAAUUUUGGCAUUCUCAAUGCUUAUCCAUCUGAUGUACGGAAAUGUUGAAGAGGAAUACUAUUCCAUUGGAGCAUCCAUGUUGUCGUUGUUUCGCGUUACCAUAGGGAUGGUCAGUUUCCGGCAAGAUGUGCAUGUGGAAGACGUCGGUAUCAUAUGUAUAUUUGCACUCUUUACCAUCAUGAUAACACUUAUCACUAUGAAUCUGUUUAUAAGUACAUUGAAUUUGGCAUUUUCUGAUGCAACAGACUUAGUUAACAAAGCAGGAGAAUACAAAUUUAAUAAGCGAUUGAAUAAUCAUUUCUGGAAUAAGUUCGAAAGUAUUGCACAAAUGCUGAGAUUGACCAAAGUUCAUCCUGCGUCUGGAAACAGCUGGCAACAAGAGGAAGAAGGCGAAACGAAGCAGGGUUCCAUGGACAAAAAGAUAAACGAUCUACAGAAGAAGAUGGUGGGUCUUGUAAAAGAAGACUUUUAUACACAAGCUCAAUUCGUUAAAGGUUGUCUAAUUUGGACCACAAAAAUAAUUAAAUCGAGAGAGCUUCGCUGCUUAUCUCGACUUCUGGAAUCAGAAUCCCAUUACAUGUAUAUGGACAUCAACAACAAGUUUGUGUUGACAUUGAUGUUUGCCGAGGCUCUAGAUGAGGAGGAGAUCCCUGCUCGACAUAUAAGGAAGAACGAGAUGAAUAGAAAGGUUGGCCCUCCGUCGGAUACCUAUUUACAGCUUAUUAGUGACCUUUUCAUACUGGACGUCAAGGAAUCGCUUUCGGAGAAGGGUCCUGUGGAUGUCAAAAUUGUUGACCGAGAAAUCAUUGAUAAAUCAAAAGCUUCAUAUGGAGAAGUUUACCUUAUAGCAAGUUUCGACGACGGCAUUUCAUGGCAAAGAUAUUUAUCUCUUCAAUCCAACGAGGAGAGUCCAUGUAUUGGCGUGAAAUUUAACACAUGCCCGACUCAUGCCAUUGCCGCCAAGUGUGACCCGUGGAUGGCGCCUUUUGAGUCUGUCCGCGCUACGAUCGAGAACCAUGUCAUAUCCAGGUUAGGAGGAUCAAUUUCCUUGCAUCAGGACAAACGAGUCACUAUAACAAUAGAGCCUAAUUCAGUCGUGGAGGAGACGCCAUGCAAAAUGUCGUUUAUGUUUGAGGACAAGAAACCAGCGCCUGUAAUUUAUAUCAGAGCUAACGAUAACAUAAAACACCCGGUGAAGAUGACGCUUCCCCAAACCGAGUACCUUAGGCCAUUGGAAGGUAAAAAAGGUCAACCAAGAGAUUUUUUCCUGAUGACAAAAGAUGGUAUCGGAGCAUGGCAAACGGGCUCUACACCUGUAAGGAAAAACAUUCUUGGUCACUUUUCUUUCAAAGUGGAUAACCUCCGAAGCGAAAUGCUAAAAAUUGUUACCGUAACACCGGAAGAGGAAACGGUGAGUGAUGGCAUUGGCUGUAAAUAG